GUUGAUUUGCAAUCGAUUAGUUGGAAAAGACGGGGGUAGAUUUCUAACUGUGGCAGAGAAAUGUGAUGUGCAGCGUACGUGUAUAUGCAAGAUUGCAGCGUUCCGGACGAAUCAAGCAGACGAUUUUCAGUUGAGCGGAAUUGUCCACAUGGAUGGCACACCAACUUCGAGUUUUCAAACUAAAAUUCAAGUGUGUUUUCUUUAACGGCUCUUUAUAGUAUACAAUUACGUAGGCUAUUUCUUUUGCCUUCGCUUUGCAUUUACGCGCGGGGACGCACGAGAUUCUGAGUCUAAUGCAAUUUCGGAGCACGGGAAGCCGGGACUUAAGUAGAAAACAGGAGAGCAGACACGGAACAGAGGCCCGAUUUCUCCGCAUCGCCCACAAGUCCACCUCUGUUUCUCCCGUGGAGUAGGCUACGUGAGUCUCACCACCGCGACCUGGAUGGAUGGGCAUGGGGAAAACAGGAUAUUGUUACCCCGAGGCUGAGCGCCUCAUCUACGCGUCGUCGUGUCUCCUGCUGAUCUUGCUCACUUUCUCCACCGUAGUCCACACAGACGGCAGCCAGCCGCACACGCCGCAGUGCCGCAUCCAGAAGUGCACCACCGACUUCGUGUCGCUGACAUCGCACCUCUCGGCGUCGGCCGAUGGCUUCGAGGCGGAGUUCUGCAAGGCGCUGCGGGCCUACUCGGCGUGCACGCAGCGCACGGCUAAGAGUUGCCGCGGCAACCUGGUCUUCCACUCGGCCGUGCUGGGCAUCAGCGACCUCAUGGCGCAGCGCAACUGCUCCAAGGACGGCCCCACCUCGCCCACGCACCCCGAGGCGCCCGCCCCGGAGCCCUGCAACUACCACAGCCGCCACCUGCAGCAGCAGCAGCAGGCGAACUGGCUGGGGGGCGGCGCCGGGGGUGCCGGCGGCGUAGGUAGCAGUGGAGUUGUGGUCAGGCCUCCGAACUACUUGUUUUGCGGCCUGUUUGGAGACCCCCACCUGAGGACGUUCAAGGACCACUUCCAGACGUGUAAAGUGGAGGGCGCCUGGCCGCUGAUCGACAACAACUACCUGUCCGUGCAGGUGACCAACGUGCCCGUCGUCAUGGGCUCCAGUGCCACGGCAACCAACAAGGUUACAAUCAUCUUCAAGCCGUACCAGGAGUGCACCGACCAGAAGGUGUACCAGGGCGUGACGGACGACCUGCCCGCGGCCUUCGUCGACGGCACCAUCAGCGGCGGCGACGGCGAGACCAAGAGCUUGUGGGUCAUCGAGAAGUCCUCCGGUCACCACGUGGAGAUACACGCCGCCUACAUCGGAGUCACCGUCAUCGUGCGACAGGUGGGCCGCUACCUGACGCUGGCGGCGCGCAUCCCGGAGGAGAUGGCCAUGGCGUACGACGCCGAGACCCAGGACCUCCAGCUCUGCGUCAACGGCUGCCCGACGUCGGAGCGCAUCGACCGCGACGGCCACCUUCCUCUACCCACGCAGCAGCAGGCCGGGAUGAGGCACCCGCACUCCCACAACCAUCACAACAAUCACCAUAGCAACAACAACAACCACAAUCACCACAGCAACCACCCUCAUCACCAGCAGCAGUACCAGUAUCAGCAGCAGCAUCAGCAGCUGCCACGUCCGCACACCCAGCGCGUGGUCUACUCCCUGGAGGCGGCCAUGAGCAAGUGCCGCGAGCACCUGGAGAUGAGGGACAUCUACUUCCACUCGUGCGUCUUCGACCUGCUCACCACGGGCGACGCCAACUUCACCACGGCGGCCUACGACGCGCUGCGGGACAUGAAGGCGCUGCACCCCAGGAAGGAGAGGUGGCACAUCUACCCGCAGUCUGGGGCCCCCUCUGCUUGCCGCCGGGGCCCGGGGCCUCUGCUGUGGGCCAUGGUUGUCAUGAGCCUGCUCUGGACACUGCGGCACAGUGCUGCGCUUUGGUGAACACGCAACGUGCAGCUGAAGGAGCGCCGGGACAUCUACCCGCAGCUGGUCAGGGGCCUCCUUCCACUGGGCCCCUGGAGACAGGUGCGGAGGCCCUGUGUUAAGAGUAUUCGCUGUGUACAUGUCAUUGAGGCGCUUUUGGUGAAAACACAGGCGACUGAAUAAGCAUGUGAAAAAACUGUACCAUACGGACCAUGCUGUUUUCUUUUAUUUUUUUUGGUAAAUGGUACGAGUGAAGCUACAACUUUAAAACCGACAGACAGACAGACAGAAAGUGUUAAUGUAUAUACUGUGCAUAACAGGAGCGAAGACUGUCAAGACUUUUUUGGUCCUGGAAAAAAAAUGUACUCAUGUCUCGUUGUCUGUAGAUUUGGUGUGCAUUACUUUUGUUUUCCUCCGAAGACCUGGAUGUAGUCAUUUUGGUGUGUGAAUUGUAAAUUUUUUUGAUACCUCAAGACCGAGGACGUUUUAACAGAAGCACUUUAUUUUUUAACGUUUUGCAAGAAAAAAAAUACAGCAAAAAAAAUGCAAAAAAAAAAAGAAAAGAAACUCACCCGAACAAAACAGUGUUCUCCUCCAAACCCAAGACCCGGUGUUUAUGGAACUGCUUGGAACGUCAAUGGAACAGAUGGUACAACAUAAAGGACCACCGCCCUGACAAUUCAGCGGAACAGUUUUGAAAACACAAGUGCAAUCCAUGUUUUGAAAGUGGGGGUGGGGUCAGAAGUCAAGAUGGAUUCUCUAGGAUCUCGGUGAUGCUAGAAUACUUUUCAUUGUGCUUUUCAUAUGCACACAAGGUUCGACGCUCUAACUUCACUCAUCUGGACUUCUUUGUCUACUUAUCAACAGCGCUACUGGUAGCACUUGGUGCUGGACCAUCAAAUACAGGACCUUCCUUGUGACCUUGAUCUGACCCUGAAGGUCACACACACACACAGAGACACACACCCCUAUGUACUAUAAUAUUUCACUCUGGUUAAUCCCUUCCUUCCUUCUCUGUUCCCUAUUAUCUUUCUUCGUUCUUUCUACAGCUGGCAGGGUGAUGAUGAGGUACUCCAAUGAACCCAAUAGCAGUGACAUCAAUGUCAGGGGAGCAUUUUAUAUCCAAGUUGCGUCAAGCAACAAGUGCUUUUAUGAACAGGUUACAGGCUAUUUGAGGUACACAUUGGUUGUUGUGGUCGCUGUGAGAAUUGUAUCCCUGAUGAGUGACCAUCUAUGGUUUACAUUAUACAGUUUGUCUCCUUUUGGUGUGUUUUAAAGCUUGAUUUCCUGUACAGUCUUACAUAUUUCAACACAUUUUUUUCCACAGAUCAGCAUCAUGUGACUGCAUGCUGAUUGACAGUAAAACAGAAGCAAAGAGUUCUUACAUAGGACACACAUGUACCAUAAAUGUCGAAUCCUGCGCAACGCUGUCUUACCAGAUCCAUACUAGUCAGGGCGAUGAUGACGAAACUGGAAUCCAGUACUGCAAAGAAAGAACCCUCUGCAAGUCAAGAUCAAACUUUCUUGAUACCAGUCAGUCAGGUACAAGGAGUAACCAGAGUGGUGUUUUUAGUUUAGGCCUAGCAUACACGUAUGCAGAUAUUUUUUAAAAACGCAUUUUUUAAAAAUCCAUUUUCAAAUUCUGUUCCCGUUUACACAGUAUGUAGAUUAAAACAUCACCACCUCUGUUUCUGGUUGUAAAAAAUAUCUUCUUUUAGGGUGCCAGAAAUCCCUUUGUUUGUGAACAUGAGGCCAGGAGUGCAUUUCUCGACAGUGUCAUUGCUAACUAAGUUAGCAACUUAUGCAAGCUGCCAUUUGCAACCUGCUAAGUUGCUAACUGGUUAGCAACGACGCUUUCGAGAGAUGAGGUCCAGGACAAAUGCGUUUUUAAAAAACUAUCCACAUACGUGUAAACAGGAUUACUCAUGGGGUUAAUUCCAAGAACCUAGCUAAGUAGUAAACUAAGUUAGAUGGUGGUAAAUCAUCUAAUAGAGGAGCCCGGGGUCCUCAUUUUCUUGAUUUAAUGAAACGUGUGGAUCUAUUAGCAGGUUUACCACGUUCAGAAGGUUAACUAAGCCAGGUAUAUCACUUAACCAUGUUCUUGGAAUAGCCCUCACAGUACUUCUUUUCUCUUCAUUGUUUCCUCUCAGCAAGCGGCACUGACGAUCACCUUAUGGAAAUGAUGGAUGAUUGAUUGGUUUUGAUUAGAUGAUUUGUCAAUUGGAUUUUGUACUUAAGUUUUUUUUAUUUUAUUUUAUUUUUUUGUUAUUUUGCUAACCAAAGAUGAACUUACCCAAACCAUAGGGUGGAAUCAGAGCGGAGCACAUCUGAAGUACAGAUGAACAUUGUGUGUGCGUGUAUGUGUGGUGUGCGUGCGUGUCGAUUUUCUGUAUGUGAGUGUGUGUAUGUAUGCGCGUGUGUAUGCGCGUAUGCGUUUGGAAUUUGUUAUAUAAAAAAAACAAAUGUGUAGGUGAGUGAUCUGAUCUCUUAUGUUCCAAUAGCUCGUUUGCAUUGAUAUGAAUGUGCUUCGUUCAGUGCAGCUUCCUCUGGUCUGUUGCUCCUUCUCAUGCCAACUUUAUUGCUCUCUCUCUCUCUCCUCUCUCUCUCUCUCUCUCUCUCUCUCUCUCUCUCUCUCUCUCUCUCACACACUCACACACACACACACACACGCCUCUUAUUUGCUUUGAUGGAACAAUAUUCUCUGCAGCAGCAAGAGGGUCUGAGUUGAAGAGAUGAGUGUUGCCCCUUGAGACACGAGAGAGGGAGGGGAGGUUUAUGACAGUUAUGUUUUGCCACACUCCUCCUCCUUCUCUUCCUCUUCUUCCUCUUCUUCUUCCCCUGCUCCAUCUGUCUGUCUGCAGUUGGUAGGAGUUGGUUGCAGUCCAACGUAGAGCAACCAUUUUGAAAGGAAUUUUUAGUAGUUGUGUAUGAGAUGCCAAAACAUUCCCACCAGUGGUACCACCCUGAGUGACAUCCCAAACUCCCUACUUUUUUUUUUCAAAAUCACAUAAUCACCUUGUAAAAAUAUGACAUUGCUACUGUAUAUUUCUUUCUUUUUUUUGUUUUUUUUUGUUUGUUUUUUUUGUUUUGCAACUACUGCCAGUGCUGAAGUGCUGCUGCCAUACUGUGACACGUCUUAUAGAUUGUAUUUAGAACACUGGGAGUUUGACAAGGAGCUUAUGGUGGUGAUGAGAGAUCAGAUCAGAAAUUGAUAUCAUAAAUAGUCUCUAUUUCAGCGUGAGCUGAGGUGGGAUAUUUAUGACAAGAACAAGGCCUUGGAGUGCAAUCAGCUGCAAAGUUUUAAAGCCUACGUCCUGUGUUAAGCUUUCAUUAGCAUUUUUUUGACUUUGUGAUCUCCUUUUUAUCGUGAGUGAAUAUGAGUUUUUGUUUUUGUUUUGAUUUUUGUUUUGUGAAGAGUGACUGCUCAAUGUUGAUACUUAAAUUAUUUAUAUAUGUAGUGUCUUGUUAGAGAAAGUUAAGCUCCAUACUCUUGCUGUUGGAAAAAAAAAAAGUUUCAGAUGUGAUUGUACUGCCACCUAGCGGAGCAUCAUUGUUACAGCAGUGUUUUAGUAUUGUACUGGAUGCGGUGAAAAAAAAACUGAUAAAAGGAAAACGUGUGUUUUAUUUAAAACAAUAAAUUAAAAGUACAAAAAAAUA